GCACCAAAGUUAGAGUUGAAUAGCUGAACGUCUGAGCAUGAAAUAACAGAAAUAAUGAUUUCUGCUGCAAUCUCUCCUGACUUUCCUCACGCCUCUCCAGUCAGGAAAAUCACCUCUUUUCUAUGAGUCAACUGUUAGAAAUACGUGAAAAAAAAAAAAAACUUUCCCCAUCGUUUUCCCUUCAGCAGAACCUUUAUUUGGAUGAUCAGCAAGUUCUGAGGAAACGCCUGUUUUUUUCACAAACCCGCAGACAGUCUGAAGCGGAAAGACCCGAGUCCUCCAACUUUCAUCACACCGAGUUUUUACACGAUUGGAUCAGCCUUCUGCCUCCCUCAACCCAACCCAGAGGAGCUUCUGAUACCACAAAUUAAUUCAUUUUUACUCCAGUUCUUGGAAAAUCCAAGUAAUCUCAUCCUUCCAAGAUGGCCUACGUUCUUCCCAACAACUCUGUUAUGCCAAGCCAAACAUGUGUUGCACAAAACCUGACCUCAAUGGACAUUUUUACCGCCUCUGUCAUUGGAGUCGUGUCUGUCAUCGGCAUCUUGGAAAACCUCCUCAUCCUGGCAGUCGUGGGCUUCCGUGUCAGUCGCUCCAUCAUCAGCAUCUGGAUACUGAACCUGGCAGCGUCGGACCUCCUGGCCACAUUAACCUUGCCCUUCUUCAGUCUCUACCAUGCCUCUGGAGGGUCCUGGAUCCUGGGUGCGACCUUCUGCCGCAUCUAUUCCUCUGUCUUUUUCCUCAACAUGUUUGUCAGCGCCUUCCUGCUGGCCGCCAUUUCUCUGGACCGCUGCCUGGUGGUGGUGCGACCCGUCUGGGCUCAAAACUACCGAAGCACACAGCUGGUGGGGAAGAUUUGUUGUGUGAUUUGGGCCUUAGCUGUACUCUUCACUAUCCCUUUCUUUAUGUUCCGUGACACCAUCACCCUUUCAAAAGGCAAGUGUCUGUGCUACUACAAUUACUCCCGCUAUCUCCCAAGCGCACCCUUUGACCUUAAAGCUCUAUGUAGGCAGCGCAAAGUGGGUUUGGCUUUUAUGAAGCUGUUUUUUGCCUUCUUGAUUCCUCUUACAAUCAUCAUUGUCAGCUAUGUCGUAGUGAAUUCCAGCUUAGCACAAAGAGGUUGUCGCAGACCUUUCCGAUUUGUUCGACUUGUGAUAGCUGUGGUGGUGACCUUUGUCCUCUGCUGGGCUCCGUACCACCUUUUCAUUGUCAUAGAAGUGAUGGCUCCCAAAAGCAGCCCUGCGCAGCAAGUGGCAACCAAAGUCCUUCCGAUCUCAGCAACGAUUGGCUUCCUCAAUAGUGUCCUCAACCCCAUCCUAUACGUCUUCAGCUGCCCUGACUUGUGUCGUAAAAUCAAGCAUUCCCUCGGAGCGGUCAUGGAGAGUGUCCUUGCCGAGGAUCUGGCCGAGUAUGCACGGCGUCGCAGCACCGUUCGCAGCUCCAUCAGCAGCUCUGAAUAUUCCAUGAAGAAGAAAUGCUCAGUUUCUGCAUUAAAUCCGAAAGACCAGGCGGAAAAUACCAGCAACACAGAUGAGAUCUGAAAUGUGAAUUUUUAAAGAUGAAAAGAAGAAACCACUCAAUCUUGGCAACAUACUGCACCUGAUCUCAACAUCUGUUUCAGAAAACACCUAUGACGGACUUGUCAUCUUUCAGUCAUUAAAGUUUCUUUCAACAACCUAGACUUUCUUAGAAUCUCUUAGAUCUUCAAUCAGCAAAGUCUUUCUUUAGACUGGUUGCUUUUUCACCCAUCUUUAGCGCAGUUUCUUACAAUUUUACUCAGAAAUGUUGAUUGUAAUGCCUCUUAACUAUGAAUCAAGGCACUGAAACUCAAGGUUUGGCCCCGUCGUCUCAACAAACGACAGAUGACUUCAAAAUGGGCCAACAGGUAUUUUAUGUUUUAUGACUCUAAGGGAGAGUUCAGAUACCCUGUGGACAAAAAAUAUUUUGGACAUUUGUGUCCGUAUUUUGUUCUUUAAAUCUCGACCAAGAUCUCAUGACCAUUGAUGAGGAUAGGAAUGAAGACUGACCUGUAAAUCAAGAAUUUCACAACGUCACACCAAUCCACCUAUUCGUCUUCUGCUCUGUUCCCUUAUACUCAUUCUUGGAUAAUGAUCUGAAAUAUGUUAGUAACCAAAAAAAGCACAAAAAUACAUUUUUGAGUGACUAAUUGCUUUUUUACAGCAUUAUUGUUAUGUACACUUUUAACCAAAUUGUCUUCAAUGUCAGAUUCAGAAUCUGUCGAUUGUUCCUCAUACAAGUUGAGGACAUAUGAGUUUGUUUUUCAGUUUGUAAAUUCAAAAUUGUGGGACUUAUGGAGCUAAUUUGGGGCCAUAAAGGUUGGUCCAAAGCAAACAAAAAAAAGAAAAGGAAAAAUAAAUGAAAAAGAAAAGCUCUGAAACUGAAAAAAAUAUUUUGAAACUGCAAAAAAAUUAUAUGAAACUACAGGAAAUGUUCAAAAUUACUUUUUAGAUUCAAGUUUUUUUGCAGUUUCAGAUCCUAAAUUUCUUUUUAUUUUUUUCUUUUGAAGAAAAUUAUGGCAUUAAUUUAGUUCCAUAGAGUUGAUCUCGAACAUUUUUUUUUUCUCUGACUCUUUGGACACCAUUUCAGAAACAUUGGAUAACUAUUGAUGAAGACAUUUUAAAAAACUUAACACAGCCUGCCCAUAUUUAGUGAUGUUUUAAAACAUUUUAAUCAUUAUAGAUGUGUGGAGUUUCUUACUUUUGUACUUGUUACUGUUAAAGGUUUUUUUGGUACCUAAUGAUGCCUCCAAUCUUGUAGAGGAUGUACUUAAAUCUUUCAUUAUUAUUGUACAGAAGAAAAACAAAUGUCUUGCCAUUUCCUCAUUUUGUUUUGAAUGUUUAUUGUUCAUGGUUUGCUGAGUCAAAACUACCAUGUGUUUUUUUUUUGGAGGGGGGGCUUGUAUAUGUCUCAUUAGAGAUCUUAUCAGUGGUUGCAGGUGUUUAUGCAACUGAUUUAUUUUCCAUAAGGUUUCUUUCAAAUAUAUUGACAUUUUGUAAUCCAUGACUCAGAAUCUGCCUGUAAAUCUGCAUCAUGUUAUAUUCCUGUAUGGGUUUUAUCAUUAAAAAGAAAAUGUAUAAAUAUA